AUGGCGCUUAACCCAGCGUCAUCUGAGCCCGCAAGACCGGGCAGUCACCAAUUGCGAGUGGCUCUUUUCCUGAGUCUGGAGCUUUUUACAGGGGUACACCAUGUUAUCCGGGUGCUGAAGGUUCCACUGAAGGGAGACUUGCGCCAACUCGCGCAAAUGAUUGCUCGCAGGUUCCUGGCGGAUCUGAAUGCCCGAGUUCCACCAGAAACCGCAGCGAUGGCCUGGACAAAUGAAGCUUUCCAACGCGAGGAAUCCCUGGAAGAGCUCCACAACCAUCGCUACCCUUUCAGCAUUUCAAGGGGGGCCUGA